CACACACACACACUCUCACAGAGUCACACACACUGAGCUUUUCUCCUCAGCCUGCUGUGUCUCCACUAACGGGACAACUUUAAACCUCCAGGAUAUCUCCUCCGCUUCUCCGCUUUCCUGUCGCCUCCAUGUGAAAACCUCGACCCGGAGUGAGGACGUUUACUGCUGCUGAAAGGAUGAUGAUGACAAUGAUGGGAGGAGGCCACGGACGAAGGUGCAGCCCUCGCUAGAGUCUUACUUUUCACCCCCAACUUUACCUCGUCACUAUCCAUCCACCACUGCCGUCCUUCCCCCCUCCCUCGGCGCCAUGGCCAACCACCUGGAGCUGAUCCAGGAGCUGCAGCAGCUGGACAAAGUGCCCAGUCUGGAGAGGCUGCGGGCAGCCCAGAAGCGGCGAACCCAGCAGCUGAAGAGAUGGGCUGUGUACGAGAAGGAGAUGCAAAACAAGAAGCGAAAGGCUGACAAGAAGGGACGUAAUGCCAACAACCUCCAGCAAGCAGAGUCCAAAAGGCAUGUGUCGUUUGCAGCCAGCGUGGCACUCCUGGAGGCGUCGGCCAGGAAUGAUCCAGAUGAAGUACGCUACUUGCUGAAGAACAACGUGAGUCCAGACCUCUGCAAUGAAGACGGCCUCACCGCUCUGCAUCAGUGUUGUAUAGAUAACUAUGAGGAGAUGGUGAAGAUCCUGCUGGACCGAGGAGCCAGCGUCAACGCUCAGGACAACGAGCUGUGGACACCGCUGCACGCCGCUGCUACCUGUGGCCACGCAGGACUGGUCAAGAUACUCAUUGCACACGGUGCAGAUUUGCUGGCGGUCAACUCUGAUGGGAACAUGCCGUACGACCUGUGUGAAGACGACCCAACGCUGGACAUCAUUGAGACGGCUAUGGCCAACAGAGGCAUCACCCAGGAGAUGAUCAACGAGACACGAGCGUCGACAGAGAGGAAGAUGCUGGGAGAUGUUCAGGAACUGAUGAGACAGGGAGAGGAGGUCAACCAACAGGACUCUCAGGGAGCUACGUUGCUCCACAUCGCAGCAGCAAAUGGCUACGUGCAGGCUGCAGAGCUGCUGCUGGAGGGGGGAGCUCGCAUGGACCUGAGAGAUUCAGAUGGAUGGCAGCCUCUUCACGCUGCAGCCUGCUGGGGUCAGAUGCAUGUGGCAGAGCUCCUGGUGUCUCAUGGAGCCAGUCUCAAUGCGAAGACCUUUCUAGAUGAGACCCCCAUCGAUCUGUGUGAGGAUGAGGAGUUCAGAGCCAUCCUGCUGGACCUGAAACACAAACAUGACAUUAUCAUGAAGUCACAGCUCAAACACAAGACCUCACUGUGCAGGCGAACGUCCAGCGCAGGCAGUCGUGGAAAAGUGGUGCGGAGAGCCAGCCUGUCGGACAGACACAACCUGUGCCGUAAAGAGUACGAAACGGAGGCCAUCGUGUGGAGGGGAGGGAGGGAGGAGGAGGAAAAGGAGAAAGAGUCUGAUCAGGAAAAUAACCAUGUCAAGCCAGUCGUAGCUGUGGAGCUGCCAGACAAGCCCAAGCUGCCCACCAUCCUGAAAGAUGGCAAUAACAAACAAAACGGCCUCAUCUCCACAACAGUGUCCACGCCCCAACAACCACCCUCCAACGGUAACACACCAUUGUCUGAUAAGAGUGGGAUCAUCACCACCCAGCCUCCCCAGGAGGAAGCUUGGCCGAGAGAGCGUGCUCAGACGCUGUCUGAGCUCAAAAAACAGAGGGCUGCUGCCAAAUUGUUGAAUCACCCCUUAUUCAACGGUCACCUAGGCAACGGCUCCACAGACUCCUUCACUGAUGCCAAAAACACCUCUGAGGAUCCCCGCAUGCCGCUGGUCUCCUCCAAUGGCAACGCGGUUUACUACACGCCAGCCAGUGGCGACCCUCCCCUCCUCAAACUGAAGCAGCCAAUAGAGGAAGAGCAGCCGAAGGUGCGAACCUGCUGCUGUGUGUCGUAGCACCUCGCACACAGGACUGUUGAUGGAACAGGAAGUGUUUGCACAGAGAAGAGCGGAGCGUGCUGUAGGAGGAGAGGAGGAAGGAAGGAAGGAAGGGAGGAAGGAGGGAGGGAGUGUUCCUGUCAUUUAACAUCCUUUUCUUUCCCUCCUUUUAAGUUCUCCCAAAGGAGACUGCUGGCUUGAAGAAGGAUAGGAAAAUUGUACCUCCCUGCUAUGUGAGUCCUGCUACAACAGGAGGCAUCAACCCCAAACGCAGGCAUGUUUCAAGUGUGAGCAGUGCCAUUUUUUUCCUCCAGGCGUCACUUGGAUUAAAAUUCAUUUGCAGAAUGGAGUCACUCUACAAGACAAACUAAAAGAAAAAGUGCAAGAAGCUGUUACUCUGGUCCUGUGCACCUUUAAGAGUUGGAUUUGUUUUCAAGCUUUUCACCUGGAAAUGGUCAUAAAAGGCAGGAACAUAGAGAAGAUCUCAAGGUACAAGGUGCAUGUUCUGCCCUCAGAGAUGAAGAUGGAUUUUUUUCGACCUUACAUAUGGAUGGAUAUCAUGUAAUUAAACAACAUUUUCUUCAGGAUACACUGCUGACAAACCACAUUGCUCUUCUUUCUUGUCAGAACGUCAUCACAGAACAUAUUGCAUUAUAUCAUGUUGUACUACAACAUAUCAAAAACGUAGCAAAAAGAGAUGCAGUCUCUUUUGUCCGUCACGUUCAAAUGCUGCCUGCAUAAGUAAAGGGAAGGAAUGCCAUAAACAGUGUUAAAAUAUUCAGGAAGUGUACUUCUACAGCGAGAGCUAACAGACAGGAGCGUAGUGCUGCACUAGUGUUUGAAACUGUCAGUAUAUUCUGUCAACUAUACUUCACCUCACCGUCCUCUCAUAUCAUACCUGAACUGACAGGUCAUGCUCUGUUAUGCAUAACCCACUUUGUGCUCUCCCAUUUAGAUAAUUUAAGCAAACAUGGUUGGAAAUAACUGUACAUUUCUUUAUUUAUGAAAUAAUGUUGUGUAAAAAAAAGAAGCAUUUUAUGGUUCCUAAAGUUAAGUGUAUUUAUUAUUUGGAUGGUGUGUGGAGAGAGUGAAUGCAAUGUAAGAUGAGCUGGGGAGUCUUCCAGCAAAGCACCUUCUGACAUGAAAAAAACGUUCAACUGAUAAAAUGAAGUAAGGCUUACUGUCUGCUAUAUGUACAUGUUAUUAAACUAACACAAACAAGCCAUUCUGUCAGGAUGGAUUUAAUAUUGGUGUCACUAAAAAUAACAGUGUUAUUUGUUAACGUUUUUGUUUUUUCCUGGUUGCCAUUGUGUGGCUGUAUCCUCUCUCAGUCACUGUAUUUGUUUCAUUAAUAGAAAUUCUAAGCAUUAUGAAAUGCUUGCUUCAGUUUCAUAAAAGAAAUAACAUUAAUUCGCAUAUGGAUUUGGUUAUGUAGCGAGCCCCAAUGUUAUGUCAGGUGUCCCUCAAUACAUCAUGGCUACAAUGUAAAAUAUAAAGAAGUACUAUAAGUAGAUCUUCUGCUUAACUAAAGGAAUAGUUUAACAUCUUGCGAAAUAUGCUUUCUUUCCAAAGGGUAGAUGAUAAGAUCGAUAGACCUCUUGUGUCUGUACAUUGUGUAUGUAGCUGGAGCCAGCAGCUGCUUAGCUUAGCUUAGCUUAGCUUAGCUUAGCUUAGCAUAAGUACUGCAAAAAGGGGGAAAGGGGGAGAAGGUAGAAUGGCUUUGUCCAAAACCAACAAAAUCACUAAAUGAUAUCUUGGCCCAGUGCUUAGGUUUAAUACUUCCUAAUUUGCAACCAGUCCGACACAUAAGCAGAUGCAAAACUACAACAUUCAUACCUUUUUUUCAGAGCACAUGUUUUGGUCCAUCAUAGCAGGGAAAGCACAGGUCAAACUAUUACCAUAUCAGGGACGGUUCAACUACCAAAAUCAAAAAGUUUGAUUACCAAAAUCAUAUGUUUUCUCUCACCUGUAGUGCUGUUUAUUAUUCUAGAUCAUUUUGUGUAUGUUACUGUGAUAGAAGAUAUUGGCUGUGAGCUUGUGGUGCUCAAAAAAAAAAGAGAAUACAUUUGAAAAACUCAACAGCAAUGUCUCUUUCCAGAAAUCAUGACCUGGUUACUCAAGAUAAUCCAAGGCCUUGUUGUGAGCAGUUUUAUGUAGGAGCUAUUUUCCUAAAUACACCCGCCAAUCUUAUUUCUGUGCACAAAGAAGCGUGCAUCUACUGCUAGCUCACCUAGCACCACUGAGCCAGCUAACAUUACAGCUCAGCCGAGGAGAACGCCAUUAAUGUUUACAUUUCGUGAUGUUACGAACUGAGCUCAUGGCUCACCUAAAUGUCAUUCAGCCAGUAUUAUUAAUGAUUACAUCUGUGCUUUUCCUGCUUUGUCAUGUCAAAAUGUCUGCUGUGAUAAAGUAAGCUUUAGAGGUGCUGGAAAGUGGAGGUUUUUGUUUUUACUCGAAAGAGCGAGGCUAGGUGUUCCCACUUUUUGUGUAAAGAUAAGCUAACUGGUUGCUGGCUCCAGUUUUGUAUUUUCAGUUCAGUUAAUACUUCUUAUUUAACAAACAUGACGGUGAUACCAAUCUCCAAAUUUAAAUCUCAACAGGAAAGCAUAUAAGUAUAUUUAACAACUCCAUUUAUCUUAUAGCGGCUCCUCUAAUUUCCUUGUGAGUGCCAAAGAGUCUUCCAUGAUUGAAAUAACUUACGAGGACAUUUGAAAAAUUUGGGGAAGGCUUUCUUUGCUGUUUGUUUCUAAUGACUAUCACCUCUACACAUGUGAUUACCCACAAUGCCACUACCACUCCAUCCUCAUCACACCAACUGUACAGUGUCAAAUAUUUGUACAGAUGUGUUUGUAAAUAUGUUUGUAUUAGUAUUCCCUUAUCUGUUCCCAUGAACUGCAUUUACAUGUCUGUGUUGUUACUGUUGAGGAACAUAUAGGAACAAACAAUUACCCACACUGAUAAAUAGUGGAAGCAGAUAUUUGAUUGUGAAGGGGGAAACUGUAGGUGUAUGUAGACCCCCUCAGUAGUCCAGCUGUGUAAUAUCUCUCUGGAAAGUCGAGUGCACCCAGGUGUCAACAUCAUACUCAGCAUUUUCUCACUGCUGUCACGAUGGCUGGUGUCAGCAAUCCUUUUUUCUGUGUAAUUUUCAGCAGCGGUCACUUCUUUUAGAUGUUGCAUUUUCAUAGGAAGCGGUUUGUUUUUCAGCUCAACUUGAGGAAGUACAAAUUACGUCAGAGUGAAACAGAUUGCUAUACCCCCUAUUUGUGGUUCCUUUUUUUUUUCAUGUCUGAGCUAGUGACAUCAUCUCACUAUGAUUCAGCAGACAUUCACUAAAGUUACUCCAGUUCACAUUUAUCUGAGCUGCUGCAAUCAAUUCCAUUUUAAUGUCAAUUCUGCUUCCUUAUUCAUUAAAAUACAAAUGACAUUCAGUUGUAAUUUUGAACCUCAACCUGGUCAGUAUUAGCCAGAAAAGGACAGCCAGCUGUUAAUAAGCACCCCGUGUUCUCAUGGUAUAUAUAGAUCAAAGCUUGUGUUUGUCUGCAAGCCUUAUUGUCUAUGACAAUAAGAUUAUGAAGACAAAAACUACUGAUUUUGUAAUUACUGGAAUAUAUUGAUGGUUGCAUUAACAUAUUUUGA